AUGCGGUCUCAUCUGCUUGCUCGUCGGACACGGUUUCUGGUGAAAUCCUUGCCAAGUAACCCCCGUGCACAACUUUCCUCCACUCACAGUCUCCGCUAUCCUCGGAAAGACCGUGCUCCGUCCCAGUCCACCGCUCCCCGCCUCUCGAGACGUGCUAUCUCCUCCGAGACGACCCCUACACAGGAAUUACCAGAACCUCCUAGUUCACCCCCAGCCCCGACUGAGCCUCCGCCAAAUGCUGCAGAGCCGCCACCGUCAGAGGACCCGGAGGAGAAGCCGAAACGCCGAACCCGAGUGUCUGCAGCUAAGGAGACUGUAGAUUCCGUUCCUCUACCUUCUGGCCUCGAUAUCCUAUGGACUCCAGAAGCCGCCCCGGAAGGCUCUUCUCCGCCUUCUCCGCCUUCUCAUAGUUCUCUGCUUCCGCCGCCGGAAGUAUUCAAUGAGGCAUUGCAUAACCUGCACAUCGCGCUGCACCCGCAGACGCAGCAUCGAGCGACGUAUUCCUCUGGAAAGGGUCCUCUGGUCGAGCCUACGCUUGCCUUGUAUACACCAAUAGAGGGCGGAGAUCUAUACCUUGACGAGAUGGUGAGGGUGAUGGCGCGCCAGACGAAUGCGGAUGUGGUCGUCUUGGACGCAGUCCAGCUGGCUGCCGGCGAGUGUGGACAAUUCGGUAAAGCUGCGUCCGCGCUGCAGUUACCUAAUAACCCGCUGCAAUUCUCAUUUUCGCUCUCAAGGGGUCCCCUGCGUUCAGACUCGUCUCGGGAGGCCGAGGAAGACGAUGAAGAGCCCUCCUCACCGUUCUUCGUGUCCCCUAUGACCGUUCACGUAAUGGCCACAGUCCCAAGGCGAUCUAGCCGAUUGCUAGAGCCCGCUGCACGGGCCACCCCUAUGUCAAAGACGAAGGCAUUCUUCGACGAUGUCAUCAACGUCGCCGCCCCACGUCCUGCUGAGGCGGACGAGUCAUCGUCCACUCCAGUCAGACGACCACGACUAAUCUAUAUCAAAGACUAUCCUACACUGGCGGCCUCCUCGUCUGUCUGGUACCCUGCUCUGCUGGCAGCCGUUCGACAACGGCGACAAGGCCCGAUGCUGCGUCCUAGCUCUCCGGUGCUGAAUCCUACUGUCAUCGUCUUUGGCAUCAGCCCGUCUUAUGUGGUUCCCGAGACACCAUCUCAUGCCCCACCACCGAGCCUUCAUAUGAUGUCCUCAUCUCCUCGUUCUCCCGCGACUGCUCCCGCCGCCUCAAGUGCCGCUGCCAAGUUACAGAACGAGUACGGGGAAGAUGCCAGCAGCGAGAAGGCACGCGAGAAGCGAACGCAGCGGAGGUUAAAGCGAUGGGCACGAGGCAGCUCAGAGGACCUGCCUCGCCUAUUCUCGGCUAGCGAAGAGAGCACGGAAGGCGAGGAUUCCAAGGGACGCCCUAAUGUUGUCGUUCUGGGCCAGGAGGGCUUCUCAGGGCUCCCCCCCCUCUUGGGCUCUGCGUUCUCUCGCGUGCUGGCAGGGCGCAACCACGGCAGCCCAGAGUCAGAUAACCGCCUGGGAUUUUUCCGGACCAUCCUCGUCUGCCCCACCCUGCGCAACAUCCAGCAGGAGCGGGACGUGCGGGUCGCGAGGCGUAGGGAGAUCAAUCAGCUUGUCAUGCGCAUGGGCGUCGCGCGAGUCGGCGGCGUGCUCGGCGAGCUGGAGGACAUCCCGGAGGUGGCGGAGGAGCCAUCAGAGGGCGGCGAGCAGGACAAGACACGGCUCCAACUAUGGGAGCACUGGGGGGACACGGUUGAAGUGUGGCCAAACGUACAGCGAGUCGCUGAUAGGGCGGUGGGGAGCGUCAUGGCCGCCAGUCAGGCCUACCUUCCGACGAACCGUUCGCUUGACCCCACGCCCAUCCCGUGGUCGGCGGUGUUUGACGCUUGGGCCGCUGAUAGGUCCACGCAGGACAUGUGGAAGAAUCUGUUCACCUUUCAACCGUCCGGGAAGCUUCCCCGCGAGAGCGAGGAAGGAGAGCGGACCGGUGCGGACGAGGAGGCAGAUGUGGAUGAGAUAAUCGAGAAGUUAAGGCGAAACCCGGAUUUGGAGGAGCACGAACAGCGGUUAUUGGGCUGUAUCGUCGACACCGCGUCCAUUAGCACCACGUUCAAUCAGGUGCAUCUCCCACCUCAUACAAUUGAUUCAAUACGCACGAUCGUGUCCCUGCCGCUGUUGCAUCCCGGGGCGUUCCAGCACGGCAUCCUUAAGGAACAUAGCAUGACUGGCUGUCUUCUGUUCGGGCCCCCGGGCACCGGCAAGACGUUGGCGGUUCGGGCUCUUGCCAAGGAAGCCGGUUGUAGGAUGCUCGUCGUUUCGCCCUCGGACAUCAUGGACAUGUAUGUUGGAGAGGGUGAGAAGCUUGUCCGUGCGGUGUUCUCGCUUGCCCGUCGACUGUCUCCGUGCGUCGUGUUCAUUGACGAGCUCGAUGCCUUGUUUGGUGCACGUCUGUCCCGGGAAUCCGGUAACUCCCUCGCCCACCGUGGUGUCAUCACGGAGUUCAUGCAGGAGAUGGAUGGACUGAAGACGAACAAGGAAAGCAACGUAAUUGUGAUUGGCGCAACCAAUCGACCGUUCGAUCUCGACGAUGCAGUUCUCCGACGUCUGCCUCGCCGUCUCCUCGUGGACUUGCCAGGCGAGAAGGAGCGCGAAGAGAUUUUGAAGAUCUUGCUCCGCGACGAGACGCUUGCUGUCGACGUUGACCUCAAGCAGCUGGCAAAGAAGACCGAAAGUUUUUCCGGGUCCGACCUAAAGCACUUGUGUGUCAGCGCCGCUCUGGACGCGGUCAAGGAACGCGUGACGGUACCGUGGCGGCCAUCUGCUUCAUCUUCGUCGUCUUCUACCGAGGCUAAGCCUGAGGGAGAUAAGGUCAAGGCGACCCCGAACCCCCGUACCGUUGGCGAGCAGCAGGGCUCGUUCGGUGUAGCCGAGGACAAGGCGACGACCGAGGAGAAACCUACCGAAGAGCCAGCGGCUACAUCCACCUCCACAUCUAACCUGGACUCGGAUCCUGCAUCAGCUUCCCAAGAUAACACAUCCCCGUCCGAUGUGCCCCAUUCUCGCUCCCUGGCAUGGCGGAACUUUGAACAGGCUCUCAAGGAGAUCACGCCCUCCGCAUCGGAGUCUCUAGGCAGCCUUGCGGAGCUGCGAAAAUGGAAUGAUGAGUUCGGCGAGGGUCGCAAGGCGAAGAGGAAGCAGGUCUGGGGAAAGGGUCGCUUCGGAUUCACCCUCCCUCCGCUGGAGGUCAGCCCCUCGGAGACCAAGCUCGAGCCGGGCGUCGUGACACCCGCUGUCCCGACGCCGACAACCCCUGCUCAACCAAAUACGGCCCCAAGCGCAAGCACUGGAAUAUUUGAUGCAGCUGCACGUCGCUAGUAACGUUUUAGAGGGGACGUAUAUUUCAAUACUACAUAUAUCAUAUAAUAGAUCCUCGUGGUGUACAGUGGGAAAACGUGCGGUCCGUGAGGCACCGAUGUCUGAAGCUGGGUGGCAAGAACAUGUAAGCAGAGGGUACAGCGACCGCAUCGCGUCGUUCCCAUCAGCCUCGACGGGAGGACCUACGCGGCUGCGUCCUGGGCGACGGAGUGCCAUCGUCCUCGACCUCCUCUAAUACCGCUCGCCUCUUGCCUUUGCCCCUGCCGUUCGGCUGCGUCUGGGGCGGCACACCCUGGCUCUGAGACGGGUCGGGCUCCCCGUUCAUCGCAUCGUCGUCCUGCUCCUGAGAGGCGUCAUGCUCCCCUUCUUCGUCGCCGUCCUCCUGCUCCUCGGUGGACUUCCUGCGCGCCCGCCGCCUGCCCUGGUCCUGGCCCUCCUUGAAGGCCGCCUCGCCGACGGGGCGGAGCUUGGCGCCGUUCCCCUCCGACCAGGCCUCCUUGCACGUCGGGCAGGCGUUGUUCCGCCGGCGGUAGUUGGCGAAGCAGUGGUUGUGCAGGCGGGUCUUGCAUUGGGGCGUCGGGCAGCCCACACCGCGGGUGACGAGCUCCAUGCAGAUGGUGCACUCGAUGAUGUCGCUCUCGUACGUCGUCCGGAGGUACGUCUGGAGCUCGAGAAUCGUGCGCGUCGAGAGGGAGUAGCGGCCCCGCCUGCUCUUCACUAGCCAGCCUUUGGCCACGAAGCUGUGGAGCGUGGCCUCGGCUUGUGACUUUGUCAUAUUCGACUUCAACGAGUUCACCUCGCGGAGGGCGGCGAGAGAGGAGACGCAGAACGAUUCAUUGGGUGCGAGCAUGAUUUGUUCCAGCACAGCUUUGAAGUAGGCGAUUUCCAGGGCGCUGUAGUCGGUCGCCAUCUGGGCGAUCUCGUCGCCCUUCCGAUUCACCACAGCAUACACCUCCUGCCCGGUCACUUCGUCGUGCAGAUGCGCAAACUCCAGGUCCAGAGGGUUUAACGCGUCAUUGAUGCUCGUAACGAAGUUGUCCCACGAGUUCCUGUCUGCGCGAUACUGGAUAUCUAGAGUGUCGUUGGC